UUCAAACAACACCUCGACAGAAUUGAACCUUUUGCUCAAAGAGUUCUAAGUUCGGAGUUUUCUUGCUCACUGAGCAAAAGUUAGUCAACGAUUCUCUCCAACUCUUUUCCGUGGCAAUCAACGCUUUGAAAGUAUGGAUUCUGAUGAAGAAAUUCCCUCUCUGGUUCCUGCAACUUUUACUGCAGUUCCUGUGACAAUCAUAACAGGUUGUUUAGGAGCUGGAAAAACUACUCUUUUGAAUUACAUCUUACAUGAGCAACAUGAAAAGAAAAUCGCUGUCAUCCUAAAUGAAUUUGGGGAAGGAAGUGCCUUGGAAAAAAGUAUUGCCAUUGGAGCAGAGGGUAAUUUAUAUGAAGAAUGGCUUGAAUUGAAGAAUGGGUGUCUUUGUUGCUCUGUCAAAGACAAUGGAGUCCAAGCAAUUGAAAAUUUGAUGAAAAAAAAGGGGAAAUUUGACUAUAUUUUACUAGAAACUACUGGAUUAGCAGACCCAGGUCCAAUAGCAACAAUGUUUUGGCUUGAUGAAAAUUUGGGAGCUGAUAUCUACUUGGAUGGGAUCGUUACGGUUGUGGAUGGUAAAAAUGGACUUUUGCAACUAGACGAAGAGUGCGAUGAAGACGUAGAAAAUGGCAAGCCAGGAACUAAUAUUGCAACGAGACAAGUAGCUCUGGCUGAUUUAAUUCUUUUAAACAAGAAGGACCUAGCAGACCCAAAGGACUAUCUCGAAGUCAAGAAUAGAAUUCGAGCAAUCAAUGGAUCUGCAAACAUCGUAGAGACUGAAAAAAGCAGGAUUGACUUGAACGCUAUCUUAGAUCUGAAAGCUUAUUCUCAGCCUUCCUCGCAGAGGAUCAGCACUGUUUUGAGUCAAGUAGAAGCUAUUGGAGAUCAGCCCCAUCUAUCAAAAGAUGUUACUACCAUCACGAUUGAAGUCCACAAACCAGUCCAGAAAUCUGGAGUCGAUUUAUUCCUGCAACGAGUACUAUGGGAAAAGUUGAACAACACCACCGGGAAACCUAUCACAGUGUUCCGCCUCAAGGGCGUCGUGCGGCCGUCGGAUGAGGACGGAUGGUACUUGAUACAAGCCGUCUAUGACGUCUACGAUUGGACGCCCGUCAACGUGGAUGCGGAAAGCUCGAACGUCGCAUGUCGCCUUAUUUUAAUCGGAAAAUUCUUGGAGAAGGAGCAAUUAGAAAAACUGUUAGCAACAUGUUUGGAAGAAGCGGAAAAGAACUGUGGCUCCUAGUUUGAUUUGUCAUUCGAUCGCGAUUUGAAGUUUCAAUAUUUCAAGAUGUUCAAUACUACACUCACAUAUUCUUUACUCGAAUCCAGUCAAUUGUUCUUAAGUCAAGCUAUUCUGUGAUUUUCGUGUCCCUCAAGCAUGAAUAAAAAGUAUUAUGAUUUUCAUGUAA